AUGUUGUCAAGUCUCCAGAACCCGCGGCAAGCUGCUGCGCAGCUUAUGAACUUUGCCAUGAUACUUUCAACCGCCUUCAUGAUGUGGAAAGGUCUUUCAGUAGCUACCGACUCCCCCUCCCCGAUCGUCGUCGUCCUCUCGGGCUCCAUGGAACCAGCUUUCCAACGCGGUGACCUCCUCUUGUUAUGGAAUCGAAACGUGUGGCAAGAGACGGCGGUGGGCGAGGUUGUCGUGUACAAUGUGAAGGGCAAAGAUAUCCCCAUUGUCCACAGAGUAGUUCGCAAAUUUGGAACUGGGGACAAGGCGAAGCUUCUCACCAAAGGAGACAACAAUAAUGCCGACGACACAGAUCUCUACGCUCGUGGCCAGGACUAUCUAGAGCGUGAGGACAUUAUCGGCAGCGUAAUCGGAUACUUUCCAUUUGUCGGAUACGUCACAAUUUUGUUGUCAGAACACCCUUGGUUAAAGACGGUCAUGCUGGGUAUCAUGGGCUUACUGGUGGUGAUUCAGAGGGAGUAA